AUGACACGAUUGGAUGUGGACGGGUUGUGUGCACUCCACAUUGGCAGGGAGCUUGUAAAUUGCAUGGAUGUUUCAUCGAAGUACCUGCUUUGGUGUGUCGAGGGCAGUAGAGCUGCAACGCUGCACAUGUGGGAGUCUCGCAGAGAGCAACCUUCUGCAGAGCCGCUGGUGGAGUUGGGCUUCACUCCCACCCUCAUCUCAUCUUUUGAAGAAAAAGUCGUCGUGGUGGGCGACAGAGUUGUGGCACUAUUCACAAUUGAAUGGCCGCCUUUUUGUCCUAUUGAUGUACUUGGAGAUGGAGAUGGAGAUGAGGAAGAAGGGGGGAAACCGAUGGUUACAGAAGAGUUCACGUGUAGCAAUAUCCCUGCAGAUGUGACGCACAUCUCGUGGGCUCCGGACGGAGCUACAGCCGCCCUUUCAUCACCAGAACAACUUGUUUUGUUGGAUUGUCGCGUCGGAUACAGCAACGC